GUUCGAAUGCCCACUCGUAGAGCUCGUAAACCAGCUUCGUUUACGCCCCUUUUCCACCCCCUCGACUCUCCCCGCACCAUUCUCCUGCCGCGAGCAAUCUUCCUCCUCUCCGAAUCCAAUGGAAUCGAAGGGAAGCAGCAAUUUCGGGGAAAGUUCUCGCCGGAGGGAAAUCCGACAAUGAGGUGCAAAGGCAGUCCGCCGCCGACCUCAUUUCCUACUGCGGCGAAAGAUUUCAAAGACGUGGGAUUUAGUGAAGGCUCUCGUAGGUAUAUUACCAAGCGAUUCAAGCGAAGGCCAUCACGAUCCCAAACGGAUCAGAGAAUUCAGAACAUGCACUUUCAGGUUAUUGCAGGUACCAAUAUCAACAGCACCGGCAGAUUGAUAUGGCAAAUGCAUAACCAAAGACUGAGGGAACAUGAAAUUGCUGCAAUAUUUUCACGAAGAAAGCAAAUUAUCAAUCAUCUGAUCUUAUUAGACACUAGUGUUUGCCAUGAUUCUAGAAGGUUUGAAUCUUCCCAAUUUUGGCAAGGUCAGUAGCUGGUAAUGUUGCUGCUGCUUCUGAAAACUCAUUCAUCUGCAUAUUCUGAGUACAUCUCAAGCGUUUGCGAGAAGAACUGUGCUCGGAAACGAUGCCGAUCCGUUGUUGGGUGCACCCUUCAGCUUCAGAAUGGACGCGAUCACAUUGUAAAUCUCUACAUUUUCGAAAGAUGGAAUCUUCCUUCCCCUCGCAAACUGAGGUCCGUGCGCAAUAAAAAUGGUCCUCAUCGUGAAGAAUGCGUUGUCGUAGCCAUGCGAGCCGCCGCACUCGCAGCUCUUGGACGUCUCCAGCUCCACCUUGAAGCCUUCUUCCAGCAAUCCAAUGAUGGGUGGAAUUCUGUAGCUCGCAGAAUAAUGAAGCCGUUCCGGCAGAUCCUCUUUCAGGUACACUUUUAAAUAAUUCCCAUGCUCCACCUUUCCCGAACUCAAUGCCUCGUUCAUCUUUGCCACCACUUCCGACGGGGCAACGCCGGCAGGCGGGCGAAUUGCGAGCAGAGGAGUUGUGGACUCGAUCCAUUCUGGGGGAAUUUUGAUCCACGGAGAUAGAGCAUCAAGGAAGAUCAGUUUUUUAUCACAAGUUCCCACCAUUCCAUGAUCGCCUAACAGGAUUAUGGUCACGUCCUCAAAGAUGCCUCUUUUCUCCAGGCCGGCGACCAAUCUCCCGAUCAUGUGGUCGAUUCGAGCUACUGCGGCGGUGAUCUCUGGAUCGUCUGCACCGACCUUGUGCCCUUGCUUAUCUGGGUCCUCGAAGUAGAGGGUCAUGAAGACGGGUAUCUCGUCGCAUGGGAGAUCGAAGUGGCUCAAGAUGGUGUCCACGCGAUCCUCGAACGGCACUGAGACGUCGUAAUGCCGGCAGAACCUGGGAGGGCAGUCCCAAGUUCCCUUCUUGACUUCGGAUCCGGGCCAGAAGAAGGUGGCGGCGCGGAAUCCCUGGUCGACGACGGUCUCCCAGAGCGGCUCCCCGAGCCACCACUCCGGAUCGUGGUUCUUCAUCGUGAAGGAGGCGCCAGAGAUUGGAUCGACGAAAUGGUUGUUGAUGAUGCCGUGGUAGGGAGGAUAGAGGCCUGUGACGAUAGAGUAGUGGUUGGGGAAGGUAAGGGUAGGGAAGACCGAUAUGAGCCCGGGCUCUGCCUCGGUGCCAUUAGCGAUCAGGCGGUGGAUGUUGGGUGUGGCGGUCUUGAACUGGUAUCCGUAGCGGAAUCCGUCGGAGGAGAUGAGGAGGACGACGGGGCGGGAGAGCUUGGCGAGAGGUCUCACCGUGUGUGAGAGAUCAGAGGCCGAAUCUCGGGAUGCUGCAGCGGGGGCGGAGGAGGAGAAGAGGAAGGCGAAAGCGGCCGCGGCUGCUAGGGAGGCGCAGGUGAGGAGGACUGGGCAGAGGGACGUUGCAUGAGAUCUUCGGGCGCCCAUAGCAGAUUCGUCUGAGGCGACGGUGGAGAGAAGAGCCAUGGUCGGGUUAGAAGAAUCAAAUUCAGCUCCGGUGGAUUGUGCAGGAGUAGGAACAGAAGCCAUCGUCGGAGUACAAUGGUGGAUCUAUUCUCUUCUUUGUUUGCUUCUCCAAAUGAAGGAAAACAGAGCGACAAAUUAUCAGAUUGAUAAUUGGCAAAUGGCGAAAAGUUUUGUGAUUGAUGUACAAGUUAAGGUGGCAGGACAAGAUGGUGGAUUGGAUGUCGGCAUGCGGUUUCAAUUGAAACGGUAAAGAGAAUAGACGACGAGAUCAUGUGGAACUGUAUAAACCUUUUAAAACUGCUGAUAUAAAUUCAUUUAUAAUAAACGAAUUAA